GAAGUUUGGGGGCAGAUUGCUGCCACAGAGGCAACUUUGGGAGAUAUCAUCCCUAAUCUUGUGUCUGAAGUCUUCAGGCGGAUUUUUAAAAUGGGAACGGAGUUUUUUCACCAAACUAAUCCAUGGAAUAAUAUUAUUUCAGUGCUUUGGAUUAAACCGUUUUAAGUUUCUUCUCUUUGACCCAACCCACCUCCCUCCUCUUCAUCUUGAUCUUCAUCUUCUACUUUGCAUCAACGGACCAUCUAGCGUUCACUGGCGGCCGUCUUCGUGCCGUUGGAACAGUUGUAGAGUUUCACAUUAUGGAUCCCUCAUGUUCCUUGCCUCCACCGUCCCCCUACACAAACCUCUCUGCGCCCUCCUCCACUCCCUCCAUCUCUCCGUCCCCGAGCUUGGCGUCCACAGCUCUCUUCUGCUCCCUGCUCUCCCUCCUCUCCUUGCUGGGCAUCACAGGAAACCUGUACACCAUGGGCCUCCUUCUGAGGCGCAGGAGAAGUAGGAGGGGACGUGGAGCCGGACCGACCUGCUGCCUCACAACAGUACCGCUACCGUCCUGCCUCGCCAACUCCUCCCCCUCCUCCUCCCCCACCUCCGCUUCCUCCCACACCUCCUCUCUUCACCUGCAGGUGCUCAGCCUGGCCCUUGCGGACCUGCUCUACCUCUUCACCGCUCCCUUCAUCGUGUACGACAGCCUGGCUUCUGGCUGGGCCUUCGGUGAGCCCGGCUGCCGCCUCCUCCUGAGCCUGGACCUCCUCACCAUGCACGCCUCCAUCUUCACGCUCACCGCCAUGAGUCUGGACCGCUACCGGGCCGUGGCUCACCCCCUGCACACCUCCUCCUCCAACUCUUCGGGCCUGCUGCGCGUAAGCCUGGCCUGGGGGCUGGCGGUGGCGCUCACAAUGCCCAUGAUGAUCACGCUGCACCUGGAGGACGGGGAGAACCAGGAGGGCCAGCUGUGCGUGCCUGCGUGGGACGAGCAGAGCUCCAAGGCCUACCUGAGCGUGCUCUUCUGCACCAGCAUUCUUGGGCCCGGGGUGGCCAUCGGAGCACUUUACGCUACUCUAGGCCGGCUUUAUUGGGUGUCUCAGACGCGGCCGGCCUGGGCGAGCGGGAGCAGCGCUGCUUGUCCUCCUCGCGCCCCCAAACCCAAAGUCCUGCUCCUCAUCCUGGGCAUUGUCCUGGCAUUCUGGGCUUGCUUCCUCCCUUUCUGGAUCUGGCAGCUGCUGCCUCUGUACAAGCCGGACAUGCUGCGGACGGUACCGGUCGGGACGCAGGUGACGGUGAAUCGGAUCCUAACGGGGCUAACCUAUGGGAACUCCUGUGUGAAUCCAUUCUUCUACACUCUCUUGACCGGAAAACAGAGACGCAACCGGCAGACGCUGACAUCAGGAAAUCAGCUCUGCCGCAAGAGCAGCCCGCUGUAGUAGUUAGUGUGUCUCCAGCAGCGGAGGCUAUGAUGUGUGUGCGUGCAUACAUCUGUGACAAGGUACUGUGUGUGGAUGCUUUAUGGGUUCCAUUAGGCACCAAAGACCAUUGAUUUAUCCUUAGCAAUACAAACUGAGGAAUUACUAAGCAAACAAUAGCACUUUGAAAAAUAUAAAUGCUUUUUGAAAAAAAAACAUCCCGACAAUCAAAAAGACAAUCUUUGCAUUUAUCUAAUUAAUGGUGUAACUACACUUUUCUGGUAGUAUCCAAUAAUGUGUCUUUAAUUGCUGUAGUAACAAAGUUUACAUAUUGAUCCAUGAUAAAUGAAAUUAUAGUUAUAUAGUGGUUAUGGUAAAGUAAUAUAAUGUAAAAUACAGUAAUUACUUGAGCAAAUGAAUUUCCACAAAAGGUUUAAUAACUUAAUAACUGGUUAUUUAGUCAACAAUAAAGCUGACUAUACAGUUGUACCGCAAGCGAGUCAAGAUGAUGCUGUAUGUUCUGCAUGGAAACACAUUUUCAGUAAAACCCUAACACUCUUGUGCUUGUUUUUAGAGAGCCAAGUCUGUAACUGCUCAGAACCUGAUUGGGACAUUUAUCUGAGACCAUGUUUGUUGACUCAAUGAGACUUAUAUGGGUCUACAGUCUUUGCUUUGUCUACCGUGAACCCCGACAUAUCUUAAACAAUACUAUUCUGCAUAAUCAUGAAAAUGUACUUAUUUUUGAUUCAUGCAAUGCUUUGCAUGGCCUCAACGUGUGUUGAUCGUGAUGUUUACAAUAAUGCAUAAUAUAUAGCCUUGAAUAAAGAGUUUGCUUUAUGUAAUUCACUGUGUGAUUGGAUGUCUAACUGUGAGAAACUGACACAAAUGUUUGGCGCUCAACGACAACAGACAUGAAAACGAAGCGAAAGAACCUUUGAAACAACACUUCUUGAGUGAGGCGGAAAAAAGGCUGAGAAGGAGAUCUGAGAGGUGAGGUAUGCUCAAACAAAAAGAGAAAGAAAAAGCCUCGUAUUCACAGUUAUGUUUGUGUGUCUGUCAGCACGCCAGUGACUGAGGAAGGUCUUCCCCGCUCCUGUGUAUACAGCGGUGUUUCUGGGUCUCCCUGGUCUCCGUCCGUCUGGCUCAGAGGCCGCACUGUGCUGCAUCGCAAACCCCGCCGCUCCCC